AUUACAAUUGUACGUCAUAUCCAACGGACCGAUAACAUGUCCUCCGGCUGAGGAAAAGGCUAGCAAGGAAGCAAACUGUUUAAUGUUCCUCGCGAAGUUAAAACACGGAAAUGUCUCUACAGUCCAACUCUGAGGCGGCUCAGCUUUACAGGCAUACUUGCUGCUGAAGUAGAUAAUUUGUAGAAACUGUGACCCUUAAAAAGGAAUGAGUGAUAGUUAUCAAGGAAGUCGCCCAGCUGGCUAGCGAAAAAGUAGCUAGCUAGGCUGCUAGCUGUCGUUAGCAAGGGAGUUCUUUGUUUUGUUUUUCGUGUGGAGGUCCGUGUAAACAUGAAGAGAAGCCAGUAUGAACAUCUGCUUUAAUGUGUGACGUUUACGUAGGUUUUUAUAAUCAUGCACAAGUCAUUUUGGCAGUAGGUAGUUGAACUGUAAAUUACAUGUUUUCUGGUUUAUUAGAAAAACAAAACUAACAUUAGCCACCGAGAGCAACUUUAGCAACCGAGAUCUAAUUUUGACGUCGGGCAAGAUAGGACUCGAGACACGAAGAUAUGGGCAACUGUCUCAAGUCUCCGACAUCAGACGAUAUCUCUCUGCUUCAUGAAUCCCAGUCAGACAGGGCGAGUUUCGGUGACGGGACAGAUCCAGACCUGGAGCCACCUCCGCCGUAUCAGGAGCAGGCUCACAUGCCCAUGUACCAUCCCACGCCUAGUCAGGCCCGUCUGGCAACCCAGCUGACAGAGGAGGAACAGAUCCGCAUAGCUCAGCGCAUUGGCCUCAUCCAGCACCUCCCUAAGGGUGUUUAUGAUGGAGGGCAAGAUGGCUCAGAGAAAAAGAUCAGAGAAUGCGUCAUCUGUAUGCUGGACUUUGUAUAUGGGGACCCCAUCCGGUUCCUGCCGUGUAUGCACAUCUACCACAUGGACUGUAUAGAUGACUGGCUGAUGAGAUCCUUCACCUGUCCCUCCUGCAUGGAGCCUGUGGACGCUGCCCUGCUCUCUACCUAUGAGACCAACUGAUAUUUCACCCCUCAUCCCCAAGCUUAGAUCAAACAUCCCUGUCUAAAGCCCCAAACACACACGCGCACACACAUACACAAACACAAACACAAAACAGUUUCCUUCAUAUAGAGUGAGCUAAAACACAUGUUCUGUUCUUGCACUUUGAAAAAAAAAAAUGAAAAUGUACUCACCUAAAGCUGGCCUUCCAUGUCCCCAGUCUGAUUAAGCUGGCCUUAAUUAUCAGUUACACAACUCAGUCAGAAACUGUUUCCAGACGAAUCUGCGUGAUUGUGUUUGUGUGUGUUUGUCAUGCUGAAGCAGUGUCCUGUGUUGUGCUGAGCGCAUGAGGUGUGUGUGUGUGUGAGAGCUGUUUGGGCUGUUUGCAUUGCCACUUGAGCUGGCCUCAGUGGUGUUUCUCCCCGAAUGACCCCAGUCUACCUUCACCCCCAGUUAGUCAUUAAAAUGGAUGAUUAGGUUGGCAGAUUACUGACCAAAAUGCUAGGACGUGUUGUUAGAGAAUUUAGUUUUCUUUGACAACAGUAAGCAAAGAUUUCCUCAACAUAUUGAUCUCCUAAACAUGCUGUUACAUUAAAGUGGCCCUAUACUUUGGAGGUGUGGGAAUACACAGCUGUGGUGGCACAUUGUUAGCAUUGGAUAAUGAAGAAGAAAUUGCUCUCUAGUUCAUCAGGAUUACAGAGAAAAGAUGCACACACUUAAGAGAAAUCACCCCAAAUUAAUAAAGUGUACACCUAAAGGAAAUCAAGGCUAGAUAUCAUUAACUCCACUCCAAAUGGCCACCCUCUAGAGAAAAUGCUUUGAGUUGACAGGAAAAUUAUUUUGUGUAAUGUGAAUGUUUCACCGGGCUCUGUGUGAAGUAGCUGGCAGCCAAUGUAAAGGGCUCUUUUGUGCAUGGGCAGUGGAUCAGUUAGUCGGAGAUUACAAAUGCUUGCACACACUUUUCAUCUGAUCCAGAGAUUUGCACUUUACUUAUAGGACAGUAUCUAAACAAUAUAUUAAUAUAUGUACCUUAUAACCUUGCACUAUCAAUACUUCAUUCCUUUCUUUCCUGAAAUGCAAACGUUAUAUAGUUGAUAAAGAUAUUUUCAGAGCUGUCAUUAAUCACUUACCAUGUUGAAGUAAGCCUGAAGAUGUAUUUCAUGAAAUCUGAUUCAGAAGUGUGAGCCUCCAUUUUCUUCUGCUUUUUGUGUGUGUGUGUGUGUGUAAGUGAAAGGACAAAGGCUUGCUCCAGUUCAGAGGAGACAGUCAACAUUUUGGAAAAUCCGCUUCACUUUCUCAUCAAGAGUUAAUCUUGAAGAUUGAUAUCCGUCUGGUUCUGUUUGUUAAUUAAAAAGCUGGUGACUUUAAACGUGAGGAGUCGGCUAUUAUGGCUCUGAAGCUCAAAAAUAUGCCCACCAGCCUCUCUGAAGCUCAGUAAUUUGUGCUAUCUGACAACAGAUUGUACUGGCAUGUAACUCACUAACAACAGUUUCUGUACAAUUAAGACGAAUGAGAUGUAAUGCGUUAACUAAUGAACUGUAGAGGUGUUAGUAGGGUCUAUUUUUUAAUCUUUGGCCAGAGCUAUAUAAGUUGUUUGCCCGUGCUUCUAGUUACGCUAGUUACGCUAAGUGAGCUACAGAAGUUGCUGACGUCGUCAAAUUAGUCUUCUUGGCAAGAAAGUGACUGAAAUCGUUUCCAAAAAUGUUGGAUUGUUCCUCAAAGAAAAAAGGCUAAAUUUGAGUUGAACUUGAACCUAUUUAAUUUUGAAUCCACAUUAGUAAAAAGUUUUUUUUUAUUAUUAUACAUACCUUUUUUUGUUUACACUAAAUUGAUGAUGUUUGUUGCUUUAGUUCCAUUCAUUGUAGCUGUAGUUACAACCAUUCGUUCCUUUUUGAGUUGUGGCAUUGUUUGGUGUUAGCAUUUCUGUUUUUGUUUUUUUUUUUGUUUGUUUUUUCUGAUCAUCCAUGUUUUCUCGUCUACCUUCAUGUUCUGUGUGACAUUAAUGUAAAAUCCACUGUGUGUUUAGAAAAAGAAGUAUAUAGCUUUUACACUUGUUUAAGCCUAAUGGUGCAAUCCUCUGUCCCAAAUGAGUUUCAGAGUGAGAGACUGUCUUUUAUGGUGUGAUAGCUACAACUGAGACAUCAAGUUUUCCAUUGAGCUUUUCCUUUGCUGUGUCAGCUUAAGUUUAUUCUAAAGAUUAAUAUUUCCUGUUAUCUUGUUUUAUUUCUUUCUUUUUGGAAGGCUAAAAGCCAUCAUGUAAAAAAAAAAUAAAAUGAACAGAAACAAAA